UGAACCUGCGCGGGUAAAACAAAAAAAUGGCGCGAGCCUCAAAGAAAGAAAAAUAAGAUUAUCAAAGAGAGGAAUAUUCAGACAACAGGAUUCACAUUACUGGUAUUUUAGGAGAGUGGAACGUAUCUAGACACGGUUCCCUGGGAGGGGGGGAGAUGACUACCUGAUCUGCUGAGUGCUUCUGUUUUAACUCCUUGUCUCAAGGGUUCUGUGCUUGGUCAAAGAUGGAGGAUGUUGAGUCACGAUUCACACAUCUCCUUCAGCCCAUUAGAGAGUUGACAAAGAACUGGGAGAUUGAUGUGGCAUCUCAGCUGGGGGAAUAUCUGGAAGAGUUGGACCAGAUCUGCAUUUCCUUCGAUGAUGGGAAGACAACAAUGAACUUUGCAGAAGCUGCACUUUUGAUCCAGGGCUCGGCAUGUAUUUACAGCAGGAAGGUGGAAUAUCUGCAUUCUCUGGUGUUCCAGGCGCUGGACCUGAUCUCCAACAAGAAACGGAAUCAAAAAGCUACAUCCAUUGCUGCGGAUGGUACAGAUAAUGAUGUGUCUUUGGCCAAUGACAAGGAUUGGGAAUUUUUGUCUCUUGAUGAUAUUGAGUGUCCAUCAAAAACCAACAUUGAUUUGCAGGAGGAUCACAGUUCAAGUGUUGUGAACAUCAUCCCAUUAACACCGAUGGCACUGGUACCGCUAGAAGAAAUUGAGAAAAAGAACAACCCUCUCUUGAGCCGGAGAGGAGAGAUCCUUGGCAGCCGCAAGGAUUUCCGAAUGAAUACUUGUACCCCUCAUGUCACAGGUGCAUUCAUGUUAGAGUUGGCCAGUGUGUCACCGAUGAGCUAUCUGCACAGGCAACAGCAAGGCAACACGAAAUACAAUAGGAAUGACUUGCAGAAUGUUCAAAAGGACAUAGGCAUGGAUAACAGUGACAGUCAAACUCCAGUUCCAGUAUUGAACUUCUUGGAUGAAGGGGGUCCCACAGGAAUCGAUGUUGACAAUGGUGAUGCUGAUGGCAGUUUUGUUCCACUUUACACAGAGGGUGAUUUGGUUCAGGAGCACAUUACAAAACAGACGGCUGAGGCUGGAAAUCAGGGUUACGUGCUGCGUAAGAGGGAUCCAGCAGUGCCUGGCAAAAUGCACACAAAGGAAGUGUUCGACCCUUGGAGGAGUCUGGAUCCUUUUGAAGCUGCUCAAGACAAGCCAUUCAAGAAAGGAAUACAUUUUAUUAUCCCAUCGCGUGUUGACAUCACUGGAGGCAAGCGAAAACGGAAAACCUUUGUGAAACAGAAAGAUUUUGGGAAAUGGUUCUCUGAGACAUAUUACGGUGGAUGGAGUGAGACAAAAAAUCGGAAAAGAGGCCCAACGUUUGCAGAUUUGGAGGUUCUGUAUUGGCAAAACAUGAAAGACAGACUCAAAGCUCAAAGGAAACAUCAGCAAAUGAUGAUUGCUCUGCGUGGGAGGGUAAUAGAGGAGUUAGAUGUAGAAGCAGGAAACAUGGAAGAAGAAUUAAAUGACUUACAAGAACAAGCUGAAGACCAUCUGGAUAACGACGGAGUGGAAGAUGAUUAUGACAUUAAUUUGGAUCAAGAAGCUGAUGCAGCUCAGGACAACUACAGCCCACCAAAUCUGGAACCUAUUGGAGAAACGGGAUCUGUGAGUUAUGAGGAGCUUGUCAGAAGGAAUGUGGACCUGUUUAUCGCUAAUUCCCAGAAGUAUGCCCAGGAAACAGCUCUCUCUCUUCGUGUAAGGGACUGGGAGGAGAAAAUUGGCCCAAGACUGGAAGAACAGGAUGAGCGAGCUGCUUUUGACAUCCACGAUUAUGGAGUUAGAAUUAUGGAUGCAUUUGACUAUAUCAGACAGAGGCGUUCAUUUGCAAGCAUUGUGGCUGGGAAGGAGGCUUUUGAGGUGUGUCGAUAUAUGCUGGCCACACUGCAACUGGCCAAUGACUACACAGUGGACAUAUGGCAGAAAGAAGGGCUGUUUGAAUCAGUCGACACGAUGGAACUCACCCUUUUGACCAAAAUAAGAGCUCACGAACGUUUCCGGACAUACAUGGCUCCAUCCAUUUCAAAUAAAUGAGAAGAUUCACAACUUGUAUAGUCCUCAUGCUGCAAGUUUGACAUUACAUCCAUUGUUUAUGGCACAUUUGGAGGAACUGUAUCCAUAUUCCUUGCUGUAUGACAGCAAGCAUCUGGGACACUGACUAACAGGAUGUAUGUUCUUCAUGUUUCAGUGGAAUGCACCACUUGCCUAAACCCUGCCCAAAACAAUUCCUGGAUUGUAAUCAUUCUCUAUUUAUACUUCUAUAUUUGCUGUGUUCUGUACAGCUACUAUCCUAGGCUGUUUUGAUUAUAUAAUGUGCCUUGUGUCACAGCAUGAGGCGCAAUUUACUGGCUACAUCCUGUGCAGUAUUUUUAUACAAACUCAUGACUUUCUGAUAGAAGGAAAUAUAUUCACAAUGAGCUAGCUAUCAUUUUCAAUGCUUGUUUGAAAGGCUUAUCCAGAUUUGCAAAGUAGAAAAUCUCUUCAAUUAAGUGCUCUAUCUAACUUGGUGGCAGAUGUGACAUUUGUAAAGUUAGGGCUUAUCCAUUUAUGUUUGGGUGAGGUUCUUGUGCAAUAUUUCCCUCACACCAGCUCACAUGCUUUAAGAAAAAGAAAACUUUGAUUUUGUAUUUUUUUAAAAAUCCAAUUUUUAAAAAGAUUCCUCCUCCCUGGCUCCACCUUCCUGAACUGGAAAGUGAGAAUCCAGAAGUGUGCAUGAAUUGGAAUUCAAUUGGAUGGUAAUAAAUUAUGCUGUGUUCUGAGGAAUAAUAGUGUGUGCCAUCAGGAGCAGGUUAUCACAAAUCUGUACAAGGUGGAAUUUUAAAAAAUGUACAAAUUUAAAUUUUGUAGAAGUAUUGCAGUAAACUUGGAACUCAGUCACACGGUUUAAAACUUUUUCAUCGAUUUGGGAUUGGAAGAUCUGUGAAAAUGGGAAUGAUUUGCCCAUUUGAUAUUGCAUACCAUUAAACAUAGAAGUGGACCUUUUGCCCCUUCGAGUUUGCUCUGUCAUUCUUUCAUGACCGAUCUGAUAACCUUCAACUCCAUUCUCCUGCCUUUUCCCCAUAACUUUGAUUCCCUAAAGAAUCUAUCUCAGCCUCGAAUAUUCUUAAUGACUCAGCCUCAAAACAGACCUCUGUGAUAAAGACUUACACAGAAUCAGAGCCUUUUGAGUGAAGAAAUUUCUCCUCAUCAUUGUCUUAAGUGUAUGACCCCUUAUUCUACAAUUAUGCUCUCUGGUCCUAGACUGUCCCACAGUGGAAAUAACCUUUUUUGCAUCUACCCUGUUAAGGUCCCCAGGAAUCUUGUAUGUAUCAAUAAGGUAGGCUAUCAUUCUUCUAAACCCCAGUGUGCACAGGCCCAACCUACUCAACCUCUUCUCAUAAAACAAUCCCACCAUACUUGAUAUCAGCCUAGUGAACCUUCAUCGGACUGUCUCCAAUGCCAGUAUAUCCUUCCUGAGAUAAGGGGCCCAAAACUUUAAUCAUUCCAUAACUGGAAUACUGUACUGCUUUGUACAGUUUUAGCAAAACUUCCCUAUUUUUAUAUUCCAUUCCCUUUGAAAUUAAGGCCAACAUUCUAUUUGACUUUUGUAUUACUUGCUGAUGAUGGAUGCUGGCUAUUUGUGAUUCAUGGUCAAGGACUCCUAAAUUCUUAUGUUCUUUGGCCUUCUGCAGUCUUUUUCCUUUAAAUAAAAUUCAGUUUACCUAUUCUUCCUGUCAAGAUGCACAGACUUACAUAGCUCCACAUUGUAUUCCAUCUGCCAAGCUUUUGCCCAUUCACUUAUUCUGUUCAUAUCCUUCUGCACACUAUCAUCCUCACCACUUGUCUUCCCCCUUUUGUGUCAAUCUGCAAGCUUGGCUAUUACACAUUCAGUUUCCUCAUCCAAGUCAUUAAUGCAUUUUGUAAAUAAUCAUGGCCCCAUCACUGAUUCCUGUGGUACACCACUAAUUACAUGUUGCCAGACUGAAAAUGUCACCCAUAUCCCAACACACACUUCUUUUAUUUAGCUAAACCUCUAUCCAUGUUAAUAUACUAUUUUCAGCACCUUAUUAAGUAGACUAAUGUGUGGUACCUCAACACCUAAAAUUCCAAAUGUAUUACAUCACAACUUUUCUUUUAUCUUGCUUGUUGCCACCUUAAGAAUUCUAGUAAAUUUGUCAGGUAUGAUUUCCCUUCACAAAACCAUGUUUACUGUGCUUGACCAUAUUGUACAUUUCUAAAUGAUCUGCUGCAUCUUUUAUAAUACUCUAAUAUUUUCCCAAAAAAAGACAAUGAGCUAACAGCCAUGUAGUUACCUGUUUUGUUUGUCUCCCACCCUUUAUAAAUAAAGGAGCUAGAAUAUUAUCCUAUUAGUUGUUAGUUUUGUAUUGGGCCUCUGAGGGGGGCAGCCCUGCAAUUCCUAGCAAUUGAGAAUACAACAGCUGGAAGUUUGUGCCUUUUGGAAUG